AUGACGAAAGGCACAUUUAAACGUGUAGUCGAAGUCGGUCGAGUGGUCUAUGUAGACCGUGGCGAAGGCGAGGGUAAACUCGCAGUCAUUGUUGAUAUAAUUGACCAUAACAGGGCACUUAUUGAUUGCCCAACUACUGGAGUUCCUCGUCAUUCUCAUUCUUACCGUCGACUCACUCUCACUGAUUUUGUACUUAAAGAAUUUCCCCGAAGUGGAGGUUCACCUAUAGUAAGGAAAUAUUUUGAAAAGGAAAAUAUUUUAGAAAAAUGGAAUAAAACAGCAUGGGCUAAGAAAUUGGAAAAUCGUAAGAAGAAAAGUGUUUUGACCGAUUUUGAUAGAUUUAAAUUAUUAAAAUUAAAGAAACAGCAUCGUUAUCGUGUCAAUCUUGAAGAAGCUAAACUUCGAAAGCAAAAAGCAUAA